CUUCCAUUAAUUCAUCUGUCAUCAUUAACCCUGCCAUCAAGGCCAGUUGCGCUGUCGGGGUAGUGCUCUUUACCUCUUUCGCUCUACUUCCUAUUUACAUUCUUAUCCGUGUUUUAAUCUAAUUAUUUUCCUACAUCAAAAUGGCGAUUUGGGACUCAAUCAGCGGCCGCAAGCAGGCCCAAGGAUCCGAGGCUUUCGACCCUUCGACCGCGCAAGAUGCCACAUCCUUCCUCUCCGAAGCUCUCAUACCUGAUCCUACUCAGCUUCAUCCUCUUGCUGGCUUGAACCAAGAUACUCUUGACUAUCUGACCCUCGAAGACUCCGCCCUUGACGAAAUUCCGGGGUCGCGAUCGGUAUUGCCAUCCCGUGGAUGGUCGGACGACCUGUGUUACGGAACCGGAACUACCUACCUUACUGCGCUGACGAUAGGAGGUGCUUGGGGUCUUGCUGAAGGUCUAAGACGACCGUUUCUCGGAAACUCCGCGGGUGUGGUGGCCAUGGUAUACAACGGGUUCAACUCGGGACUGGGUUACGCACGGGGAAAGCAUGACUCAGCCAACAGCAUUGUUGCAGGUGGCUUGAGUGGAAUGCUCUUCAAGAGUACUAGGGGUCUCAAGCCCAUGAUGAUUUCUGGUGGUAUUGUGGCUAGUAUCGCUGGUACCUGGGCUGUACGUGCAUUCUCAUUUCUUUCUUCUAGUAGCGUUGUUCGCUAAGUCAUCCGACGCGCUUUUCUGUAAACACCAACCCAACCUUUGCUCGAUUGCAAUUUGUGCGCCUGAGCCAUGUCGACUCGAAAAUGAAUCAUCGCAAGGUCGCAGAACCCACAAACUCCAUGCUUUAUUUCAGCGAAACGGGCGGAUGCUGUUCAUGCUAUACUCCUUUAUUCUCGUCUUAUUUUCUUUUCCCGACUGUAUUAGAACGGCUUUCUCGUCCAUCACAAAUCUCUUCACUCCGGCGCUCAGAGUAUCCAUCUUUUUGCAUUAUCCGUGAGUUGGGACCGGCAUGAUAAUGGGUUUUUCUUUUUCAUAUUUUACGGUUUCUGUACAUAUAGUCACCUCCAGCCUUUGCACAGGGCUCCGUCAGAGCAUUGAUCUGCUUAUUGGAUGAUUUAGGAGCUCAAAUGAAAAGUCUCGAAACGAA